AUGAAGAAAUCAGGCAGAGCUGGAAAUGCACCUAGUGAGACAACCCAUCUCUUUGAGCCAGCAUUGAGAGAUAUAGUUGAGGAUUCAGAAACUAGUACACCUUCUUUUGAGUCAAUUAAAGUCAGUUUAGCGCAAAACAAUGAGUGGUAUCAUUCUAGUUCUGAUUCCGCUAGUUCCCGAAGCAAUAUCGUCAAUGACCGAACCACCUCAGAACUACCACAGCAACGCAUUUUCACUAUAGCUGCAUCAAUGUUCAUAGGAAUAUUUCUUGCUGCCCUUGAUAACACAGUUGUAUCUACGCUAUUGCCCCAUAUAGGAUCCGAGUUCAAUGAGAUGCCCAGAAUAUCUCUGGUAGCCACGUCGUAUAUCUUUGCCUGCGCUGUUUUCCAGCCACUGUUUGGAAAGAUUUCAGAUAUAUUUGGAAGGAAGCCACUGCUUGUUUUCAGCAACAUAGUGUUUUUCUUUGGUUGCUUGAUAUGCGGUUUGAGCUACAACAUAUGGUGGUUGAUAUUGGGAAGACUCAUCACUGGAAUUGGAGGUGGUGGUCUCACGUCUAUGUGCACAAUUACUUUAAGUGACAUUAUUCCUCUUCGGAAUAGAGCGGUAUAUCAAGGCGCUGGGAACUUUUUCUACGCUUUAGGGACUGCUUGUGGGGGAUUGAUUGGUGGGCUCUUCAGCGAAUAUGGGGGUGGCUGGAGAAUGGCUUUUCUUAUUCAGUUGCCCUUCUGUUUUCUGAGCUGCACCAUGAUUAUCGCUUUCUUGCACUUAGCUGGUGACAAAAACCUCGCGAAAGGAUCUUCUGUAUCUCACAAGCUCAAGCAGGUAGACUGGUAUGGUGUCGUAACUUUGAUAUUGUUUCUAUUAAUGUUCAUGGUGACAAUAACGGUAGGCGGCCAGUACAUACCAUAUCGUUCCAUGAAGUUCCUUCUGCUUUUCAUUGCAGUAUGUGUUUCUGGUGUUGUAUUUGUCUAUGCCGAGAUAUACUGGACAAACGACCCCAUUCUUCCAGUUACCUUUCUCAAAAACAGAAGCGUUUUAGGCCCCAGUCUCGCAAAUUGGUUUUGUAUGAUGGGUUUUAUGACAGUGAACUACUAUCUACCAAUCUACUGGUCUUGCGUAUUGAAUCAAGGGCCAGUUGAAAUAGGUCAAAAAUCAGUAGCCAGCUUCUUUAGCAUGUCCAUAGGUUCAUUUGGGCCGGGCUAUUAUGUGAAGUGUUUUGGAAAAUACUACAACCUUAUGAUGGUAGCGUGCCUCAUUUUGAUAAUUGGACAGCUCCAAAUUAUCUCUAUCACUCCACAAAUGUCUCAGUGGAGACAGUCUAUUCUUUUAGCUGUCCCAGGAUUGGGCGGCGCAAUGUUGAUUACUAUUACGUUAUUGGCCAUGAUGGCUGCUGUUCCUCAAAAACAUCAUGCGGCUACUACGUCAAUCUCGUAUGCUUUUAGAACAACCGGCUGCACCAUUGGUAUCUCGCUGGGUGCAGCGAUAUUCCAAAACUCUUUAAGAAGCAUUGUCACGAAAUCUGUGAUGAGCUUUCAUGGUAGUGGACAUUCCAAACAGGAACUUGCCUCUAUUAUUGAAAAGGCUUUGCAUUCGUCUGAUUGGGUGAACAACGGUUGUCCUGAUUUUGUACGCCAAACCUUGCUAGACUGUUACCAGUAUGCAUGCGACAAGACAUUUAAAUUUUGCCUUCUUUGUUUUGCGCUGACAACUUUCGCAUGCUCAAUAGUCAAAGAGCAUAGCUUAUCUACAGCGCUUGGCUAG